UUCUCCGGAUACAUCGGGCCGAAAAUACGCUCGGCGGGCUUCCUCGUUCCGCAGCCCUUCCCGGACCGGGCGGGCAGGGUCCCAGGGUGGCCGAGGCGCGGACGCGGGCGCCGGGCAUCCUCGCUUCCCAGUCGGCGGCACCCGGGACCCCAGUCGUGCGGCGCGGGCCCGGGGAAGGGGGGAGUCCCCGGCCCCGAGGCCGUCGACGCUCCUGCAGCCCCGUCUGCUAGGCCCCGCACGGCAAUGUGGACACCCGCCCCGCCGAGGUGAGAUCACUGGACAAUGCCACCUGCUUUGUGGACAGUGUGGGUCUUGGGGUCUGUAAUCAGCCUCCCCAAGGAAGGAGCCUCUGAUCAGGCUUCUUCUCUGUCUUGUGACCCCACUGGUGUCUGCGAUGGCCGCUCCAGAUCUUUAAACUCCAUCCCCUCAGGGCUCACGGCAGCUGUGAAAAGCCUUGACCUGUCCAGCAAUGAGAUCACCUAUGUCAGCAACAGCGACCUGCGGAGGUGUGUGAACCUCAGGACUCUGAGGCUGGGGGCCAAUGAAAUUCACACGGUGGAGGAAGAUUCUUUUUUUUCGCUGAGGAGUCUUGAAUAUCUGGACUUAUCCUAUAAUCGUUUAUCUUACUUCUCAUCCUCCUGGUUCAGAUCCCUUUCUGCCUUGAAAUUCUUAAACUUACUGGGAAAUUUAUACAAAACACUCGGGGAAAGAUCUCUUUUUUCUCAUCUCCCAAAUCUGCGAAUCCUGAAAGUAGGAAAUAGUAACAGCUUCACUGAGAUUCAGGAAAAGGAUUUCGCUGGGCUAACUCUUCUUGAGAAACUUGAGAUUAAUGUUCCAAAUCUGCAGACAUAUGCGCCAAAGAGUUUAAAGUCAAUCCAGAACAUCAGCCAUCUGAUUCUUCAUCUGAAGCAGCCUGUUUUACUGUUGGAGAUUUUUGUAGAUAUUUUAAGUUCCUUAGAACAUUUAGAACUGAGAGAUACUGAUUUGAACACUUUUCAUUUUUCAGAAGUAUCCAUCAAUGAAACGAAUACAUCGAUUAAAAAGUUUACAUUUAGAAAUGUGCAAAUCACUGACGAAAGUUUUCCUGAAGUUGUGAAACUGUUUAAUUAUGUUUCUGGAGGCUUAGAAGUAGAGUUUGAUGACUGUACCCAUGAUGGAGUUGGUGAUUUUAGGACAUUGACUCUGGAGACAAUUAAACACCUAGGUGACGUGGAGACAUUAACAAUACGGAAGUUGCAUAUUCCACAGUUUUUCUUAUUUCAUGAUCUGAGUAAUAUAUAUUCACUCACAGGAAAAGUUAAAAGAAUCACAAUAGAAAACAGUAAGGUUUUUCUGGUUCCUUGUUUACUUUCACAACAUUUAAAAUCAUUAGAAUAUUUGGAUCUCAGUGAAAACUUAAUGUCUGAAGAAACCUUGAAAAACUCCGCCUGUGAGCAUGCCUGGCCCUUACUAAAAACCUUAGUUUUAAGGCAGAAUCGUUUGAAAUCAUUAGAAAAAACUGGAGAAAUUUUGCUUACUCUGAAAAACCUGACUAACCUUGAUAUCAGUAAGAAUAAUUUUCAUUCAAUGCCUGAAACUUGUCAGUGGCCAGGAAAAAUGAAAUACUUGAACUUAUCCAGCACAAGAAUACAAAGUUUAACCCGUUGCAUUCCCCAGACACUGGAAAUUUUAGAUAUUAGCAAUAACGAUCUCGAUUCAUUUUCUUUGAUUUUGCCAAAACUCAAAGAACUUUAUAUUUCCAGAAAUAAGUUGAAGACUCUACCAGAUGCCUCCUUUUUACCUGUAUUAUUAGUUAUGAGAAUCAGCAGAAAUAUAAUAAAUACUUUCUCUAAGGAGCAACUUGAUUCUUUUCAAAAACUGAAGACUUUGGAAGCUGGUGGCAACAGCUUCAUUUGCUCCUGUGACUUCCUGUCUUUCACACAGGGGCAGCAGUCCCUGGCCCAGGUCCUGAUCGACUGGCCAGAAGAAUACCUGUGUGACUCUCCAUCCCCCGUGCGGGGCCAGCGGGUUCGGGACACCCGGCUCUCGCCUUCUGAAUGCCACAGGGCAGCCGUGGUGUCUGCCGUGUGCUGUGCCCUUUUCCUGUCGCUCCUGCCCGUGGGAUUUCUGUGCCACCGUUUCCACGGACUGUGGUACAUGAAGAUGAUGUGGGCCUGGCUCCAGGCCAAGAGGAAGCCCAGGAAGGCCCCCCGCAGGGACAUCUGCUAUGACGCCUUUGUGUCCUACAGUGAACGGGAUUCCUACUGGGUGGAGAACCUCAUGGUCCAGGAGCUGGAGCACUUCAGACCUCCCUUUAAGUUGUGUCUUCACAAACGGGACUUCAUUCCUGGCAAGUGGAUUAUCGACAAUAUCAUUGACUCCAUUGAAAAGAGCCACAAAACCAUCUUUGUGCUUUCUGAGAACUUUGUGAAGAGUGAGUGGUGCAAGUACGAGCUGGACUUCUCCCAUUUUCGUCUCUUUGAUGAGAACGACGAUGCUGCCAUUCUCAUUCUGCUGGAGCCCAUUGAGAAAAAGGCCAUCCCCCAGCGUUUUUGUAAGCUGCGGAAGAUCAUGAACACCAAGACCUACUUGGAGUGGCCCGCUGAUGAGACGCAGCAGGAAGGGUUUUGGUUAAAUUUGAGAGCUGCAAUAAAGUCCUAGGAUCCUUCAUUAAGGGUCAGUCUUGGUCUGGUGGUGGUCUUUCUAUCACUAGUUAUAACGCUAAGUCCAUUCUGACCCAAUUAUAUGUAAACUAUAUGAAUGAGGACUUGCUGACUGAAACAACUAAAACUGUUCAAAAACUGCUACCAGAUUGGAAAAACAUGGUUCUGGGCUUUUCAUUAUCCUAUGAGAUAAUCAUGAUCUCACUGCAUUAUUGAUAUCUGAAUUACCUGUACCAAAUGACUUAGUUCAUUAGGAAACAGCAGAAAUGAGCAGAAGAUUUCAAAUUACUGUGUCCGUCAGCUUUCUGCCAGGAGACUCAUGCAUGUCUGUAGAGGUCGUUCUCCAUCCCCCCAGCUGUCCCUUCUGUGCCUGACUGCUCUCAAGAGCAGCAAGGCAAAAUGUUAUUGCUGUUCUUAGAAAAAAAGUGCUGUGUGUCCUCAUUAAGCUUCACAGGAUACAAAAACCCCUAGAAGGUAUAUUUUCAUAUGAACUGGAUCUGUCUUUCUUGGUAUUUGAUAAGUUUCUCCAGCCAUAGUUACUUGAGAGAGGGUAUAUAACCCAAGAUGCAGUAAAUUAUGUAUUUCUAUGAAAAUGAAACUAAUGAAAUAAAUACUCAGUUUUGAAGGA